AUGCGCUGGCGACCAUGUGAGAAUGCAAAGAUGCCAUUACCGACAAUUAUCAUUCUAUUCCUGAUAACAUUUGCAUUUGGUUCGAUAUUGUUCUAUCAAAAAGGAAGAGGCUUUUCGAUGGAUGACGUAUAUUUCAGUAUUAUCAGUUUUGCUACCGUUGGAUUCGGUGAUAAAUUUCCAACAGCAGAUGAUCCAUUACGCUUAAUUGCUAUGGUUUGUUAUUUGGUAUGGGGAAUGAUUCUGAUGACAACAACAUUUUCCAUCGUAAGUAGCUAUUUGAGAACGAUUCACUACUUGGGACGAAAGUUACGUGGAGCCCGUGAUGUACACGUUUGGUUUGGUGGUAAAAGUAUGAAAGUAUCGAAACUACUUGAAAUUGUUGCAGCUGAAUUAAAUGCAUCACCUCGACAGCUGAAGAGUGUACUGAGAGAUCUCGAUAGCUUGAUAUCAACAGCUGUUGAGGAAAAUCAACUAUUAUCAAGGCGAUCAUCUUUUCUGCUUAAAGGUCGCUGUUCCGUGAAAAAACGCAUUGGUUAUUCCUUACAGGGUAUUAACGAACGAAAAUCUCGUUAUGAUCGUUUGACAAUUGGGUCGCUUGAAACAGUACAAGAAGAUGGCAUAUUACUCCAUGAAAAAUUCAUCAAGGAACGACGAAAGAUUGAUAGGCAUCACUCGAUCGACUUAGGUGAACUAAGUAGGCGAACUAUUGUAAAAUUUGAAGUAUGA